AUGGCGAUAGAAUUUGACUUAGAUCACAAGAUAUGGGACAGUACUGACUCUCCCCCUCCCCCUGUGACCCUUGCCUAGGAGUGGCUGACGCAGUAUGGAUACCUUCCUCCAGCUGAUCCAGUAACAGGCCAGCUACAAACCUGGGAGGCCGUGACCAGUGCCAUCCGUGCCAUGCAGCGCUUUGCAGGCAUUGCUGAGACCGGGAUUCCAGACGAUGCCACGUUGGCUCUGAUCCGAAUGCCUCGCUGUUCUUUGCCUGAUAUUAUCCCCACCUUCCCAGAGAAGCUCCCUUUGAGGAGAAACAGGAGAAGAAAAAGGAGAAAGAGAAGAAAGAGUCAAAGCAGGCGGAAUGCUGGCUCAGUUUGGACCAAGAGGAAUAUCUCGUGGAAGGUGAAGACCUACCCACGGGAGGCCCGUCUUAGCCGAGAGACCAUGCGUGUAUUGAUGUAUUAUGCCCUGAAGGUGUGGAGUGAAGCCACACCUUUGAACUUCCACGAGGUGGGCAGUCAUACUGCAGACAUCUCUGUGGAAUUCCUCCAACUUGACCAUCAUGAUGGCUACCCUUUUGAUGGGCCAGGUGGCAUGGUGGCCCACGCCUUCUUCCCUGGAGACCCCCAAAGGGCUGGCAGUGUUCACUUUGACAGUGAUGAAGAUUGGACAUUUCGCUCACCAGAUGACUUUGGAACCGACCUCUUUGCUGUGGCUGUUCAUGAGUUUGGGCACAGCCUUGGCUUAGCACAUUCAUCCUCCAAGCACUCCAUUAUGCGCCCCUAUUACCAGGGGCCGGUGGGAGACCCUUUGCAGUAUCAGCUGUACACGGAUGAUCGAUCUGAGAUUCAGAAGCUUUAUGGGAGUAGAGUUCUUCAUUCCACAGAGAAGCCCGAGGUAACCUCACUGCUCCCAGAUCUGCUGUCCAUGCCACACGAUUUCCCUGCUCUAAGGUCUGGGAAGGAAUUCCCCGAUCGCUGCGCCUCCAAUGUUGAUGCUGUUGCUCAAAUUAGAGGAGAAACAUUCUUUUUCAAAGGUCAGUAUUUCUGGCGUCUGACCCAAGGACGGCAUCUCACCUCUUUGCGCCCUGCCUUGAUCACAGGCUUCUGGCGAGGCCUCCCUUCCAGUCUCCACAAAGUAGAUGCUGUGUAUGAGAGGCACACGGAUCAUCGCAUCCUCUUCUUCAGUGGACCUCUCUAUUGGGUAUUUAAGGACAAUGGUGUGGAAGAGGGUUACCCCCGCCCCGUCACAGACUUUGGGCUGCCAGAGGGGGGUAUCGAUGGUGCCUUCUCCUGGCCUCUAGACAGGAAGACCUAUUUCUUCAAGGGAGAACUCCACUGGUGCUAUGAUGAAGCCACGGGUCACGUGGAGGAGGGCCUCCUUGCCCACAAAACACCCUGGGGGCAGUUCCCCACUUCAGUAGAUGCUGUGCUGAGUGAGAAUGACGUACCUCUUGUUUUUCAUCCUGCUUGUAUUGGUCCGGAUUUGCCUGAGAACCUGUCCAGCUGCCAUGAAAUAGUUUUCAGACUAUCCAGAUAG